AUGGAAACCAUCUCAAGUGAGGCACCACACAAGCAGGCACCUGCCGGUGUGCGUCAAGCCAGCAAGAGAUCCAGUCAAAUGAGCGAUAAACGUCGUGAGAAGAAACGGAUUGCUGAUCGAAUCUGUCAGCGUGAAGCACGGGCACGCAAUAAGAACAAGAUCGCCGAGCUAGAGUCUCUGGUCACGCACCUGACGAGUCUUUCGGGCAAUGAGGUCUAUGGAGAAUUGAAACAGCAGCUCGAAGAAAGUCGUGCCGAGUGUAGAUCUCUCAAACAAAAACUGGCAACGAUCCUUUCGAUUGCUCAGAUCAACGGCACCGAAACUUCCAGUGUAAAUCGAGACACUGACCAAGAUGACUAUACCGAUUUCCCCCCGGAGUCUGCGAACAUCGAAGACAAAUCUCCCACGGUCGACUGGGAGAUCGUCAAGGGACUUGAGGGUCGACUAGAGAGGAGCGAAUAUACCAGGCAGAGAGAGGCCGACUUCGAUUUCACAAAUUCCGAAUCGCCAGCUUUAGAUUAUUUUGAUGGCAUAUACGAUGAGGCAAGCUUAAAUGUCACAGCACCUCCGAAACUGGACGCUAUGGAUGAUCUCCACUUUGACACACCAAGCGCCGCUUCCAUCGAGCUCUCAUUUCCAGAAAGUGGGCUUACGUGCGAUUGUGUGCACCAGAAUCAACCUGGAACCCCCAAUUUAUGGUCGACCAUGAGUGAAACAUUGAUGGGCUGGAAAGCCCAUAGCUGUCCCGAGAAUCAGCUCAUUGGUGGCGAAAACCACGAUGACAUUGCGGUGCGCGCUGUGACACAGGGCUGGAAUGAUCUAUCUCUGGGCAAGUUGAGCGCCUCGUGGCGAAUCUUACAGGGAGUCGAUCAGAAAGUAUGGGCGAAAUCCCGCCCUGUCGAUCGCUUGGCGGUCUUGAGUAUCAUGAACAUGCUACUGCAGUGCCAUCUGAACCCCACGGAAGAAAAUCUUUCGAAACUACCCCCUUGGUACCGGCCUAGACCAUCGCAAGUGGCUCAGAAACACGCCUAUGCGAUCGACUUUUUCGUGUGGCCUGGCCUCCGCGAGCGAUUCAUAUACCACCAACACAAAUACUGUUCCAACCAUUUCUGGUCGCUAUUAGCACAGCAUUUCCGCUUCGCCUGGCCUUACGAUCUUCGAGACUGUUAUGUGCACAAUCGAAUGACGGAUAGAUAUGAGCUCUCUACAUUAUUCCGCCGCCAAUUGGACGACCUCUCCUCAUUCACUCUUUGCAAGGACAUGUUUGAUCAGUUCCCGGAGUUUGAAUCCGAUAUCUCAGGCUAUAUGGCUAUUCCACGGGCCCUGGGCCUCAAUCCAGAUUCUAAAAAGCACGGCGAUGGAUUACGCCGGGUGGCAAUUGACAAGAACCUUCGAGACCGCAGGUCGUUGGCAUAUUCAGCCAUGCCUGUGACAGGCCUGCAAAGUCAAUGGUCUUGCGUCCCACAGGAAGAUAUCGCGGCAAGCAUUUUCCAAGACUUAGGUCCGGCACCGUUCCCUAUGAAUCAAUUCUUCUAG